AUGACAGGGGCAAAGAGAAAAAAGAAAAGUGUGCUCUGGAGCAAGAUGCAUAUGCCCCAUUGUGAAGACUUUAAACAGUGGUGUAGAAGGCGGCUACCUAUUUUGGAAUGGGCAACACAUUAUAAUCUGAAAGAAAACUUGCUUCCAGACACUGUGUCUGGGAUAAUGCUGGCAGUUCAACAGGUGACACAAGGGUUGGCCUUUGCUGUUCUCUCAUCUGUGCACCCCGUGUUUGGUUUGUAUGGGUCUCUGUUUCCUGCCAUCAUUUAUGCCAUAUUUGGAAUGGGACGUCAUGUUGCCACAGGCACCUUUGCCUUGACAUCCUUAAUAUCAGCUAAUGCAGUGGAACGGCUUGUCCCUCUGAACAGUCAGAACCUUACCACACAGAGUAACACAAGUGUGCUGGGCUUAUCUGACUUUGAGAUGCAAAGGAUUGGUGUUGCUGCAGCUGUUUCCUUCUUGGGAGGUGUGAUUCAGGUGGCCAUGUUUGUGCUACAACUGGGUAGUGCCACAUUCCUGCUUACAGAACCUGUGAUCAGUGCGAUGACAACUGGGGCUGCCACCCAUGUCGUGACUUCACAAGUCAAAUAUCUCUUGGGAAUGAAAAUGCCGUAUAUAUCUGGACCACUUGGAUUCUUUUAUAUCUAUGCAUAUGUCUUUGAAAACAUCAAGUCUGUGCGACUGGAAGCACUGCUUUUAUCCUUGCUGAGCAUCGUGGUGCUUGUUCUGGUUAAAGAGCUGAAUGAACAAUUUAAAAGGAAAAUUAAAGUUGUUCUUCCUAUUGACUUAGUCUUGAUUAUUGCUGCAUCAUUUACUUGUUAUUGUACCAAUAUGGAAAACACAUAUGGAUUAGAAGUAGUUGGUCAUAUUCCAAAAGGAAUUCCUCCACCUAGAGCUCCCCCAAUGAACAUCCUCUCUGCAGUAAUAACUGAAGCUUUUGGAGUGGCACUUGUAGGCUAUGUGGCCUCACUGGCUCUUGCUCAAGGAUCUGCCAAAAAAUUCAAAUAUUCAGUUGAUGACAACCAGGAACUUUUGGCCCAUGGCCUCAGCAAUGUGAUUCCUUCAUUUUUCUUCUGCAUACCAAGUGCUGCUGCAAUGGGAAGGACCGCUGUCCUAUACAGCACGGGGGCAAAGACACAGGUGGCUUGUCUAAUAUCUUGCAUUUUCAUCCUGAUAGUCAUCUAUGCAAUAGGACCCUUGCUUUACUGGCUGCCCAUGUGUGUUCUUGCAAGUAUUAUUGUCGUGGGACUGAAGGGAAUGCUAAUACAGUUUCGGGAUUUAAAAAAAUAUUGGAAUGUGGAUAAAAUUGAUUGGGGCAUAUGGGUCAGUACAUAUAUAUUUACAAUAUGCUUUGCUGCCAAUGUGGGGCUGCUGUUUGGUGUUGUGUGUACCAUAGCUAUUGUGAUUGGUCGUUUCCCAAGAGCGAAGACUCUGAGUAUAAAAAAUAUGAAAGAAAUGGAAUUUAAAGUGAAGACAGAAAUGGAUGAUGAAACCCUGCAGCAGGUGAAAAUUAUCUCAAUAAACAACCCACUUGUUUUUCUGAAUGUAAAGAAGUUUCAUACUGAUCUAAUGAAUAUAAUCCAAAAAGAAAAUGCCAGCAACCAGCCACUUGAUGAAAUCAGCAAGUGUGAACAAAACACAUUGCUCAAUUCUCUAUCCAAUGGCAUUUGCAAUGAAGAAACAACACAGCCCUGCCUGAAUCAGAAGUGUUCUUUAAUCCUAGAUUGCAGUGGAUUGACCUUUUAUGACUAUUCUGGAGUCUCCAUGCUUGUUGAGGUUUCCACGGACUGCAAGAACAAGAGUGUGGAUGUAUCAUUAGUCCACUGCACAGCUUCUUUGAUAAAAGCAAUGAAAUACUGGGGAAACCUAGAUUCAGAGAAACCAAUUUUUUUUGAAUCAGUAUCUGCUGCAAUAAGUAACAUCCACUUAAAUAAGAAUUUGAGCAAGCUCAGUGACCACAGUGAAAUCUGA